AUGAAGGCAUUGGCUCUGGCAAUGCACGACCUGCAAUAUGUCGGAGCAUAUGAGCAUGCGAAAGACGCGGUGGAAGCGAUCGCCGGUCCUGGCGACGCCACUACCAAAGAGAUGAUGAUCAGGAUGUUGGAUGACGCCGCUACGCCACGCCGAAGGCCCGACGAAAUAUCGUGGACAAGACAGGGUUUCAUGUACCUUUACGGAUGCGGCGUCGCUAUCUUGGUCGUUUUCAUUGGCCUCCUCUUGUACAACUUGGAGCAAUGGAGUUUGAGCGCUCGGGCUGAACCUAGAAGAAAAAUAGGUAGCCUGCUCUGUUAG